AUGAAUGAAUUACUUCCAAAAGCUUCAACAAUUAAAUAUAUUACAGAACUUUCGAUCUCACUUAAAUCAAAUAAGUGGCAAAUAAAUAUUUACGACAUUUUCUUAAUAACUCUUGAAGAACUCUGUGGAAUGUUCAAAAAGCAACACCUCGUCCAACUAAAAACAGAUUUUCCUUGUUCUCGUCCUCAACAAAAGGAAAGUUGUGUAAAGGAAAAGUAA